GGUUUACGUCUUUUCAAGUCAAUUUACGUCAGUUGUGUUCUUUCUCGCUCUGUCUUAAAGUCGGCAUUAAUUCCUUAAUGUUUGACGUCUACACUUUAUCGUCAAUGGUAUGAAAAAAACAACCUUUUUUUUAUUCUUCGUGCGAGGAUGAACUUGAUUUAGUGAACGCUGGAGACUCUCGGGUUGGGUUAGCUCGCUAGUUAGCUUAGCUGCUAUCAAACAUCCACGGAAGUUGUCAACGCGACGCUAAUUUAAGGAUCCAGUUUGAGUGGAAAAGCUUGCGAUUGUGUGAAAAUGUGGAAAAGUUUCUCCAAUAUAUGAGGACAACUAGCCGGCAACAUCAACUACUGGACGCUGUUUUCAAGAAGCAUCACGUUGUGUUGCGCAGAACAGGUCGGGUCAUGGGGGCAGCAGCCUAAGCAGGGAAACCCAGACUUCCCUCUCCCCAGCCACUUGGUCCAGCUCCUCUCGGGGGAUCCCGAGGCGUUCCCAGGCCAGCCGGGAGACAUAGUCUUCCCAACGUGUCCUGGGUCUUCCUCGUGGCCUCCUACUGGUCGGACGUGCUCUAAACACCUCCCUAGGGAGGCGUUCCGACGUCUGCGAGGAGCAUCUUCUCCCUGGGCAGCAGGGGUGGACUUCCAGGAUGGAGCAGGACGAGCGCCUUAAAAAUGAAGAGGAGUACCCACGUUACCACCGCGUUAAGGAGGAGGAGCCACAGCCGCUUCGCAUUAAAGAGGAAGAGGAAGAGCACAGCAUCAGUCAGGAGGGAGAGCACCUUGAAGGAGUGGAGGAGCUCCCGGUGAUCGGCGUCAUCGUGAAGAGUGAAGACGAGGUCAAAAGUGAAAGUGAGGAGAAGAGAGAGGCGGAGCCUAUAAGCAGCAGCUCAGUUCAUCACGUGACACCAGAAGCUGGUGGAGGAUCACCAGCAGACAAGCUCUUGGCUCCACUGUCAGAUAGUGAGGACACAAGGUCACACUCUCCUGAUGAGAAGCGUGCAGCUGGUUCGUGUCCCACUGACAACACUCACUUCACAUGUUCUCACUGUGACAAAACCUUUAAUCACCGUCGUAACCUAAAAGUACACACGAGAAUACACACGGGGGAAAAGCCAUUCAUUUGCUCAGUUUGUGGUAAGAGAUUCUCCCUUAAGCAGCAUUUGAUCAAACACACGAGAAUACACACCGGACAGAAACCCUUUAUCUGUUCGGUUUGCGGUAAAGGUUUUGUGGAGGGUCAAUGUUUAAAAGUCCACAGCAGAACACACACCGGAGACAAACCCUUCAUGUGCUCGCUUUGCAGCAAAAGAUUCUCCCAGAAAGCAAAUCUGAUAAUCCACACACGAAUACACACCGGGGAAAAACCUUUCAUCUGUUCAGUCUGCGGCAAAGGCUUCAUACAAAACCAAGAUUUGAAAAGACACAUGAAAAUCCACACCGGAGAGAAAAGGUCAAUGUGCUUGGUUUGUGGUAAAGUAUUUGGCCUGAAGCAGCAUUUGAAGUUGCACAUGAGAACACACACAGGAGAAAAGCCACAUUCCUGCUCCACCUGCGACAAAAGUUUUUACGAACGGACAAAACUGGUGGCGCACAUGAGAACGCACACGGACAAGAAAGUCUUGAGUUGCAACGCGUGUGGCGAAAGAUUCUCUUUUAAGUACCAGUGUAAGAAACACAAGUGUGCCGGCGAGACAAGCAGCAGCAAAUGAAGCUGCAGGAUUUAAAAUGAACUGACUUUCCAACAUGUAACGUGUUUGACAGAUCCUUGUGUGUCUAACACAGGGGCGGACAAUUCAUUUGUACCGGGGGCCGCAUGAGCAACAUGAGCACUGCUGGAGGGCCACAUCCACAAUAUCUCAAUUACAUUUUGCUCAAUAUUAGUUUUGAUCUAUGAUAAUAAUAAUAAUAAUUUCAUUUAACCUAACUUAACUUUAUACAAAAGCAGAUUGCUUUUGAUGGUUUUAUUUUUAACACUGUCUUAGACAACACUUCCUGAUGUAUAAUGCCAUGCAAAAAUGUCAAUUUCUUUCACUUUGUCCUGCAUCCUCUUUAAAAGUCCAACAUUUUUCCCCGUCAGAUCUGGACAACCAUCUGUUGUCACACCUGCCAGCUUGUCCCAUUUCAGUCCUAACAUGUCCAAACACGCAUUUAGCUCUGUGAACAAGUCAUUACCUGUGGUUGUCCCUUUAAGUGACUGCAUGGCUGCCAGCUACUCUGUGAUUUAAAAGUCUGCAGUUAUCCCACGUAAGAACAUGAGCAGCUGGGCGGUGUCACGUACAUGCUAGCUCUCAUCCAAAGCCAGCGAAAAACAAGUUUCCAGCGAUGGUCUCAACCUGCCUCGUUACAGUGCGUCGGGAGAAGGACACGUUCUCAAAUGCACCCCUCUUCUUCGGGCAUAUCAGCACAACAGAGUCCAAUAAGCACUCCUUAAUAAACUCUCCAUCAGAAAACGCCUUACAUUUUCUGGCAAUUUUGUGAGAAAUGAGGAAACUUGUCCUGACGGCUGCAUAUCUGGGGGUGUGAAAUUUGGCAAAAAGUCCUCGUUGGAGUUUUACCAUCAAUGCAUCAGCCUCCCUUGCGCGCUCCAUAAGACAGAUUCCGGUAUUUUUCCUCGGUAGUGGCGAUUCAAAUUAUAUUCUUUAAACACAUCAACCUGUGUACCACAAAUUAAGCACACGGCUUUACCUUUCAUCUCUGUAAAAAAAAAUACUUGGCAGUCCAUGUCUUGUUGAAAACACAGGAUUUGUCAUCAACUUUUCUUUCUGUAGCGAGAGCUAACACCUCAGUGGCAACCGGGCAUCACUUGUCGCUGUGCACCUUCACUCACAGUUUGCACACGGACAUACGCCCAUAAAUAACACUUUUCAAAAUAAAAGCAGCACAGUUGUAUGUCACGCACGACAGAUGUUUUUUAAAAAUUAUUUUGUAAUUUGUGAUUGCCUUUGUUCACAUUCACUCACAAUCAUGCACGCGCAUACGUGUACACAGAAGUAAUACAAAUAACGCUUUUCAAAACAAAAGCAGCACCUUUGUAUUGCACACUCGACAGAGAUGCUUUUUUAAAAUGCAUUUUGUCAUUUACGAUUGUCCUCGCGCGCCGGAUGUGCUCAGGUCUGGUCUAACACAAUGUCCUGUUUUUAUCAUUUAUACAUUACUGUAUAUAUUGUUUUUAGUGUUGUGGUUUUAUUUCAGUUAAGUACAUACAUUAACAUAAACUAUCUUUCUUCCUACUUCUUUUCGGACAUGGUGGAAUUGUGAAUAUGUGAUGUAUACACUGAAACUGUAUCCAUUCAAAAUAAAAUGAUGCCAAUACCAAA